UUUCGGUUGGGAUAAGAUUUCACAGUCGAUGGACUCUUUGUCAAGGCAUCUGUGACAUCUCUCAUCCUGCCAAGAGCGAGUUACAUUUCUCUACGCUCGAGUUUGAGGAACAAGACAAGUUACAAGUCAUUGUGAACUAUGCACUUUAUUCGAAGGCGUCACUUUUUCUAUGGACAUGCCUUUUUGCGAGGGUGCGCAUAUUACUAUAGGCAGAAAGCCCAAUUUAUAGUGGAGUCCCAACUACUGGACUACUUCAUCUGUGAGGCUUUCGUACAUUUCAUCACCUUUACCCGCUCAAGGCCGUUUCUCCUAGCUUCACGACAACUUUUCCUAUUGGCCUGGCUUUAUCACCAGAUCUAGGCCAGAACAUGCGCACAAGAAAACAAUCAUAUCAGAUCAGAUAAUGUCCUACCUCACAACCGCAAUUGGACUCUAUGGUUCAUCAUUCACCUCCCUUGGAUGAGAUGAAAAGCAUUACAUACAGAUUAAGCUAUAGACAGACUGCAGCGUCGUCUCGCUACUGUCAACAAGAAUCGAUGGGGCUCAUGAUCACCAUUGCCAUCAGCAGUGUCACUGUAAUGUCCUUCAGCUGGAGCAAGUUUGUCGUCUAUGCCAGCCUAUUCCUGGAAAAGGUAGAAAAGUGGAGAAGGACUGGAAAUUGUAAAGAAGCCCUUCACCUAGGCAAAGCCACAGUGCUACUUAAAAAGAAGCCAUUCUCACGGCAAAUCCGAAGGACUAGUUGAUGCUACUUGGUGUUGGCCCAUGGAAGGAUCCGGUCUCAGGCGUGUUGUCUUGAUUGAUCAACUUCUCCACCGCUAUCAGUUGCGAAAUAUCAAAUGGGCUGCUGGGCAAUGAGAAAUCGUGAUACGUAGAAGGUAUAUGUAUAAGCGCACCCUUGGAGGAUUGCAAUUUGCAAACGUACCAGGUCUCGUCUCGGUAUUGACCUAGGUCAGAAAAGGAUUGUCUACAUUGUAUAUCCCCAAGUUUAGAGUUUCACCAGACCUGAAAUCUUCGAGCAAUUGGAGGACGCACAUCGUUCAUACGAGUUUGAAACCCAAAAAGAGAUGGAGCAGAAUCUUGGCAGAGACGAACCGGGCAUUGGAAAUCCUGUCCCUUGGCCACCAUUCACUCUUGCAGAAACUUUGGCAGAAGCCCAGGGCCUGCCACUGCUCUC